AUGGCUCAUGGGACGGAAACACUCGAGGGGGUGGAAUGGAGGAUAAGGGUGGCCGAUGGAUCAUCAGAGGCUUUGGUUCCAGAUACGGGGCUUGCACGAAAAGCCUGGCUCGGACUAAAAGGCCUAAUUCGGCGGUUGGCUUUGAAAGUGUGGAUGUUUAUGAAGAGAGCAUGGGACGUUGGGGCUAAUGAUCCUAGAAAAGUAAUCCAUUGCAUGAAGGUAGGACUGGCGCUCGCACUUGUAUCUCUUUUCUACUUCAUUAGGCCUUUGUAUCAUGGUGUUGGAGGCAAUGCCAUGUGGGCUCUUAUGACAGUUGUGCUAGUAUUUGAGACAACCGUUGGAGCAACAGUAUACAAAUGUAUCAACAGAGUUUUCGCAACCUUUCUAGCCGGAUUUCUUGCAGUUGGGGUACACUGGCUUGCCAGUCGAUCCGGCGAGACGCUUGAACCCUAUGUUGUGGGAGCCUCAGUUUUCCUAUUAGCUUCGGCAGCAACUUUCUCUCGACUCAUUCCGUCGGUGAAGUCCCUGUUUGAUUAUGGUGCCAUGGUCUUCAUCCUCACUUUCAGCUUCGUCGUAGUAUCAGGCUACAGAGUGGAUAAAUUGUUUGAGUUUGCACAUAAUAGAAUAUCCACCAUUAUCAUUGGAACUUCCUUGUGCAUCAUUGUAAUCAUGCUUGUCUGCCCCAUUUGGUCCGGUCAAGAGCUCCAUAGCCUGAUUGUACGUAACAUGGACAAACUCGCCGAUUCCCUCGAUGGUUAG